UCAAUUUCCGCGUUUGCGGACCAUUGUUGUGCUUCUGGUCAGGCGACCAGCUGAGCAGCAGACACACAAGGCGCUAAAUAUGGAUCACUCGGCAUCAGACUCAGAAACUGAAGAUCAUGGUCAGCCUUUACUACGUCAGAGAAGUACCGGUGACAUUCAGAAAGCUCCCGCCUGCUGCUCCUCACGCUAUGGACUGGCUUUCUUGUCUUGUUAUGGCUUCUUUGUGGUUUAUGCGCUCAGAGUGAACCUUAGCGUGGCAAUGGUUGACAUGGUGAAAAACCACUCCAGUACCAAUGCCAGCUCAUCUGUCUGCCCUCAUCACAGCAACCCUAUACCCAAACACAAUUAUACUGCUAGUGUAUAUGACUGGGAUUCAACGACUCAGGGUUGGAUCCUGGGCUCUUUUUUCUAUGGUUAUAUCUUUACUCAGAUACCAGGUGGCUACUUGGCACGCAAGUAUGGUGCAAAGUGGCUUCUGGGUAUUGGUAUCCUUUGCACUGUGAUCUUUACUCUGUUGACUCCAUUGGCUGCUGAUCUAGGAGCUGGUUACCUAAUUGCUGUCAGGGUGCUUGAAGGAAUUGGGGAGGGGGUAUCAUAUCCUGCCAUGCAUGCAAUGUGGGCAUCAUGGGCCCCGCCUCUGGAAAGAAGUCGUCUGCUCACUAUUUCUUACGCAGGUGGUCAACUAGGAACUGUAGUGGCUCUCCCCUUGUCUGGCCAGAUAUGUUUUUACCUCGACUGGACAUAUGUCUUUUAUAUUUUUGGUGUUGUUGGUCUUGUCUGGUUUGUUCUUUGGACUUGCUUUGUCAGCAACAGUCCAAGCUCACACAAAAGAAUAUCAGAGGCUGAAAGGACCUAUAUAACAUCAUCUUUAAAAAAUGAACUGUCCCCAACUACAGACCGUAUCCCAUGGGCAUCAAUCUUCAAGUCCAUGCCCUUAUGGGCUAUAGUUGUGGCACACUUUUCUUUCAACUGGACGUUUUACACUCUGUUGACACUCUUACCCACAUACAUGAAUGAUAUUUUGGGGUUCAGUAUACAACAGAAUGGAAUGCUGUCGGCUGUACCUUAUCUUGGAUGUUGGUGUCUGACUGUGAUGGGUGGACAGCUGGCAGACCUUCUGAGAGAGAGAUUUCAUUUUCGCACUGUGGUUGUCCGUAAAGCCUUCACUAUAGUGGGAAUGGUGGGACCAGCUGUUUUUCUGGUUGCUGCUGGUUAUACCAACUGUGACUACUUCUUGGCUAUUGCCUUCCUCACCAUCUCUUCAUCUUUAGGAGGGAUUUCAGCCUCUGGAUUUAACAUCAAUCAUUUGGACAUCGCUCCCUCCUAUGCUGGGGUAUUGCUUGGAAUCACAAACUCAUUUGCCACAAUACCUGGCAUGGUGGGUCCUGUCAUAGCACGAUCACUCACCAAAUCGAACACCAUUGCAGAGUGGCGAAUUGUCUUCUACAUCUCAGCGGCAAUCAAUAUAUUUGGAGCAAUUUUCUUCACAAUAUUUGGAAAAGGCACCGUCCAGCCUUGGGCUGUCCAGUGAAUAACUGCCAAUACUUUAAGCCAUUUCCAAUAGGCCAAAGGGAAAAAUACUACAGGAAUUUCCAUAGAAAUUUUCAAGAAUAUUCCAUGUGGUUUGCACACUAAAAAUGUAUAUUGCACAAUGUUUUUUAUUAAUUUUAAUGACAUACAAGAACGUCUCAAUUUGCUAUUUUGUUUUUGUCACAGAUAUGUAAUCACUAAACUAACAUGGGACUAAAAUGCCAAUAUAUGUGAAGGAAUCAUAUUUCAUCUUAGAUCUUAUGCCUUACUGUAUCAUUAUCAAAACAUUGAUUGUACUGUAACCACGUGCACAAUCAACAACUGCAUUUAAGGGACAUUUUGGUUAUACUGUUGUAAUUUUGGCUGGUUACUUGAUUUUUAACUGAUUCAUGUUUAAAGUCUAUGUAAACUGUAAAUACUGUAUCUUCUUGUACAAUAAAUAGACUGUAAAGACGCUAUAUUAAGUGCAUCAUAUUGUGUCAAACUUGUAUAUCAAAUAAAAUAAUUCGACUAGUUUA